GUGGCUCCUCCCUUCCUCGUAUGUCAGCCUGUAAUGAAACAAAGCGAAAGUAAAUAACCUCACUGACGAAGACUGCUGUAAACAUCUUGUCAUCAAACUGCGUUUUGCAACAUUUAGAAAAUAUGACACCUAAGCGUGGAUUGAUCACUGACACGUACAAGGUUGUAAAGAGGGCAAGAAGAGGAUGCAAGAGAGACAAGUCUCCUUCACCCCCAAAAGCAGAACCUGAGCCCCAACAACCGAGUGAGCGAGAAAAAGAUCUAGAAGAGCUGAAGAAGUUUGAUCUGGACUGGAAAUUUGGACCAUGCACUAGCAUCACUCGACUGCAGAGAUGGGAGAGGGCAGCGCUGCAUGGACUAAAUCCUCCACAGGAGAUUAAAGACAUUCUACUGAAGGAGGAUACUGACCCAGAAUACAAACAAAGUCUCUGGCGUGACUAUCCCCUCUGAAGAACACAUGGAGAAAACAGACUUUGGAGGAAGAAAAUAUUGUGUACUGUGUGUUAUUUUGUACUUUUUAUGUUACACUACAGUUUAAUAAACAUUUUGCUAUGGAAAUGCCA